GGUCGCCCGCGGUGCAGGUUCGAGGAGUUCGAGUUUACAACACUUCCAGCACGGCAGGCAGCUUUGCUUCGUCCUCCGUCGUCGCGGCGAUUUCAUUCAAGCUUUGGUCACGGUUCGGACUGGUCGUGUUUCCUUCUGUGUGUUUUCCCGGCGUAAUAAAAACGUAAAGUGAGUGUUCCCGUGCGGUUGGUGGUUCUCUCUGGUGUCCAGUUGUGCAGUGUGUGGAAGUGGGGUGUGCUACUACGUGUUACAGAUUACCUCCGAGGACAUCAUCAUCUACAUCAUCCAAGCAAGCCGUCAUCGUCAACGUCAUCGUCAGAUAAGGCGCAAUAAUAAGGACGCGUUGCCGCUUUUCUACGACUCAAUUGGAUUUCGACAGUAGUCGUCACCAGUCGCGAUGGACGCACAGACGGAACCGGAGGUGCCACCGGCACCGGUCAGCGAGGAACCAUUCCUGGGCCCACUGGACAUCAUCCUGCUGGCGGUGCUCAUCGGAGGAGCCGCCUGGUAUUUCCUGAAGAGCAAAAAGAAGGACACACAGACCAGUCAGUUCAAAUCGUACUCGAUACAGCCCACCACCGUCAACACAAUGACCAUGGCGGAGAAUUCGUUCAUCAAGAAGCUGAAAUCGUCCGGGCGUCGGUUAGUGGUGUUCUACGGGUCGCAAACCGGCACGGCGGAGGAGUUCGCCGGCCGUCUGGCGAAGGAAGGUCUGCGCUACCAGAUGAAGGGUAUGGUGGCCGACCCGGAGGAGUGUGAUAUGGAGGAGCUACUUUCACUGAAGGACAUCGACAAAUCGUUGGCAGUGUUCUGUUUAGCUACGUAUGGCGAGGGUGAUCCCACCGACAAUUGCAUGGAAUUUUAUGACUGGAUCCAGAACAACGACGUGGACUUCUCCGGGUUGAACUAUGCGGUGUUUGGACUUGGUAACAAGACCUACGAACAUUACAACAAGGUCGGCAUCUAUGUGGACAAACGACUGGAGGAGCUGGGUGCCAAUCGGGUGUUCGAGCUGGGACUCGGAGAUGAUGAUGCCAACAUUGAAGAUGAUUUCAUCACCUGGAAGGACAAAUUCUGGCCAGCGGUGUGCGACCAUUUCGGAAUCGAAAGCUCCGGCGAGGAGGUGUUGAUGCGCCAGUACCGUUUGCUGGAACAGCCGGAGACCCCAACGGAGCGACUGUACACCGGUGAAGUGGCUCGUCUACACUCGCUGCAAACCCAGCGGCCGCCAUUCGACGCCAAGAAUCCCUUCCUGGCCCCCAUCAAGGUCAACCGGGAACUGCACAAAGCCGGCGGUCGGUCCUGCAUGCACAUCGAGUUCGACAUCGAGGGAUCCAAGAUGCGCUACGAGGCCGGCGACCACUUGGCCAUGUAUCCGGUCAACGAUCAGGAUCUGGUGCUUAGACUGGGCAAGCUCUGCAAUGCCGAUCUGGACACGAUCUUCUCACUGAUCAACACCGACACGGACAGCAGCAAAAAGCACCCGUUCCCUUGCCCAACCACCUACCGGACCGCGUUGACCCACUACCUGGAAAUCACUGCCCUCCCGAGGACACACAUCCUCAAGGAACUCGCCGAAUACUGCAGCGAAGAGAAGGAUAAGGAAUUCCUGCGCUUCAUGUGCUCGACGAAUCCGGAAGGCAAGGCCAAGUACCAGCAAUGGAUUCAGGACAGCUGCCGAAACAUCGUACAUGUCCUGGAAGACCUCCCAUCCUGCCGACCCCCUCUCGAUCACAUCUGUGAACUGCUGCCACGUCUCCAGCCCCGUUACUACUCGAUUUCCUCCUCGUCCAAACUGUAUCCGACGACGGUGCACGUCACAGCCGUGCUGGUCAAGUACGAAACCACAACCGGACGGGUCAACCAUGGAGUGGCCACCACAUUCCUCUCGCAGAAGCAUCCACUGGACGGACAGCCGCUUCCGCGGGUGCCCAUCUUUAUCCGCAAGAGCCAGUUCCGGUUGCCGGCCAAAACGGAAACGCCCGUUAUUAUGGUGGGACCUGGUACCGGGUUGGCUCCCUUCCGCGGUUUCAUCCAGGAGCGGGACUUCAAUCGCAAGGAUGGAAAGGAAGUGGGACAGACGAUUUUGUACUUUGGAUGCAGGAAGCGGUCCGAGGAUUACAUCUAUGAGGAGGAACUGGAAGACUACGUCGAGCGCGGCGUGAUGAAGCUGCGGACGGCAUUCUCCCGUGACCAAGCGCACAAGGUCUACGUCACGCACCUGCUCGAGGAGGACAUGGACCUGCUGUGGAGCGUGAUAGGAGAGAACAAGGGUCAUUUCUACAUUUGCGGUGACGCCAAAAAUAUGGCCACCGACGUGCGGAACAUUCUGCUCAAGGUGCUGCAGACCAAGGGCAACAUGAGCGAGAGUGAAGCCAUCCAGUACAUCAAGAAGAUGGAAGCCCAGAAGCGAUACUCGGCCGACGUGUGGAGUUAAUCCUUUUCCCGAUUUCCAUGCUUUCCUCUCCCUCCUUUUCCCAUUCUUCCGCUUUCAUUUCCUCCGCGCGUCUAUCAUCAGUCCCAUAAACUCAGAAAACUCAGGUGUCGAAAGGUUUCCUAUACUCAUCGUGUCGCCCCCUUACCCCCAAUCCCUUUUCUGUCCCAUGGGUGUCUCUAUCGAUCCAACGGUUGUCCUAGUUGUUAUUUUAUAAAGCUAUUCAGUGUUUUUUUUAACGAACCAUUUGCGGGAUUUUGCCGCGCAAAUAUUGUUUCUUCGUUUUCAUGCUUUCCCGACGAUGUACGUUUUUUUCCUUCACACUUAGCGACUUUAAUCGAGUUAACCAAAAUUCGGUGGAAAAUUCCAAAGUUCGGUACAAAAAGGUGCACCGAAGUACGUACACAGUAGUUUUACCGAUCUUGUGGUACCUAAGUUGUCUUUAGUAAUUGUUAGUAACAUUUUACCGCUGAACCAGUCGGUAGUGCAUUCAUUGUUUUACAUACAUAUGGCAUCACUUCUCAGCAAGAUCUAUAAAUACAACAACUACUCAUUUUCACUCACAAGCACCUCGACCGCGCGCCAACAGCUUUACAAGUGAACUGCAAGGGACAAAGUUUAGGUUUCUUUAUCUUUCUUUUUGUUAAUGUAAUGUUUAUAUAAUUUUUUUGAUCGACAGUGAUAAAGUUUAAAACAAUUUGUAGUAAUUGUAGGUUAGAGAUAUUUUUUCAUUAUUUUUUUUUUCUGUUUGACUCGUUUGUAAAAAGAAGGAGAAUACAAGUGCUAGACGAAAUGGGACUCUUGUCUCUCGUUUAAACAAUCAUGUUGAAUGUUUAGGUGAAACACGAGAAUGGGUCAGCAGUCGUCGAAAAAACCCAAACAAAACAAAAACAAAUAGUUACAAAUGAAAAAAAAAAUGGUGUUAGAGAACGAGCACGUGGAACAGUGCCGGAAAUUAGAAGAAGAUGGUCAAUCCAAAUGGAAACAAGUGCGCUAUAGAUACGGCAACUGCGAUGAUGGCAGUUGCCAAGCUAAGCUAGGAACACAAGAACGUCGUAAAGAUGUGAACGAUGCAAUAUACUAUUUUGGAGAUAUGUAUUCAUCUACUUGUUAAGUAGUGGAA